AUGUAUAUCUCACCCAUCUUCAUCGCCGGCCUCGUGCUGGCCAGCGCCGAAGUCGUCCUCGGUGGCAGCAGGUUCUGGGAGGCAAAGGCCCCGAACAAGCGAACGAACCACAGCCCGGACUACCUGGCUAUGGAGACACUUAACGCAACAUCGUUACUUCUAAAGCGCGCUAUUUCUAUCGAGCACCGGCCAGGCGACAACAAGGCGUCGCGCAUCUGGCCAGACAAGAAGAUCAGGUACUGUUUUGACGACCCCAAUGACGUUGUGGUCAAAGGCCUCUGGGACUCGGCCAGAAGAUUAUGGGCUCAGCUCGAAAGGCACGACUUUAAGUACGAGGAGGUCUCGGAUAGCGUCUGCAACUCGCAGCGCAGCUCCGUCCUGCGCAUCUACUAUAAUGAUUACGGCAGGCUCAUGUCCUCGCUAGGCAUUCCCGUUAUCGAUGCGACCGACAACAACGCCCAAGGACCCUCCAUGCACCUUUCCGACAUGGUGGGCGUCGGUCAAGACGAUGUAACGGCCAACGUUGCUCAUGAGCUCGGUCACGCCUGGGGUCUGGCUCAUGAGCAUCAGAUUCCUGACUACUGGGAAGUAGCUCCUAUGGACAGCAUGGAUGGCUGGAGCCUUCCCAUGAGCGGCAAAACGAAAGAAUUCGAUUCCAGCAGCUUCAAUUGCCAGAACCUCAAGGACCACGACCAGGCCGUCGCCAGUGUGCAGGCCAAGAUUGAUGCGGCAACCGGAGAGGAGCGAGAGGUUUUGGAAGUCGAUCUCCAACGCCUCUGCGUCUCCCGGGAUGUCGCCGCCAAACAUGGCUUCAGUGCUGCCGACUGGCUUCCUACGAUUCAUACAGCCAAUAUGGUCGUAGACAGUAAUUUCGACCGAGACUCGCUCAUGAUGUAUCCCUCUCGUGCUGGUGGCAUUGGCUCUGGAAACGCCCGUCUCAUUAUCAUGACUUUCAAGGACGGCACUCUCAUCCCGAACCGACUGGUUCCCAGCAAUAUGGACAUUGACCAUCUGGUCACACUCUACGGCAACGCGGCGUCAUCGACGCUGGGUGUGCCGCACACCUCGAAAUCGAGCGGGUUUAGGAACCGGAUCAGAAAGGUCAGGAGUAAACUGGAUUUCAGGCGAGCUGGUGACACAGCAGCUGGGUUGUGUUAA